AAAAAACAUCCGUAAAAUUAGAACAAGCAAAUUCCAAAUAGAAGCAGAGAGUCAAAAAAAUUCCCCUCCCAUUUCACAUUCUAUCUGAAUAUUUCUCUCAUUACAAAUAUAUCUGAUGCAUUAAUCUUUGGCUUCAAGCUUCUUGGUCAAAUGGGUUUUGCUUUUUGAGCCAACAGAAUCUACGAAACUUCUUGACUCGAGAGAAAGAGAGAGUAAGAGAGAAGGAAUCACCAGAAUUUCACACACCAUGGAAGAAUCAAGUGAAGUGCACUCAGAAGAGAACAAAGUUUCUUCAGAGAAGGAUAAGAAAAGAAGGCUCAAGACACCUGCCCAAGUUAUGGCAUUGGAGAGAUUUUAUAAUGAGCACAAAUACCCUACCGAAGAAAUGAAAUCCCAACUUGCAGAGCAGUUAGGAUUAACAGAAAAGCAAAUAUCUGGAUGGUUUUGCCACAGAAGGUUAAAAGACAAAAAAUUGUUGAGAGAUGAAGCUUGUGCUAGUGGACGACAAGAUCGUUCAAGUGUUGUCAUUCAGGAUCGUGGCAGUGGACUUGGACAGGAUUCAUGUGGCAGCACUAAACACGGGGAUUAUAGGAAUAUUGAUCCAAGGGAAGUUGAAAGCCGGAGGCUCUAUGGGAAUGAUUUUCAACUUUCAGACCUCACCUAUAAGCAUAUGAGUCAUUAUACAGAAACUGUUAGUGGCACGGAUGAUACGUCUUCGGAGAGUAGCUCAUCUUCUCAAGACAAGUUGUUUUCACAGACUGAAGAUCCAUAUGAUGUAGAAAAGUCUAGAUAUCUAACCCAUAAUGGGGUCAUUGCACCCAUAAAUUCCAAAAGUGCAAAAAUUAUGGGAUAUAAGCCAUCAGGAUACUUGAAAGUGAAGGGUGAAAUUGAAAAUGCUGCUAUUACUGCUGUUAAGAGGCAAUUGGGGGGGCAUUAUCGAGAGGAUGGUCCACCACUUGGUGUGGAAUUUCAGCCACUUCCUCCUGGUGCAUUUGAGUUUCCAAUUCAGAAACCAGUCCGUGAACCAUACUAUGAUGAGGAUCUUUCCAUUCCCAAUUCUCCAGACAUCUCUGGAGCGGAAAGGCAACCCAGUCUCAGCGAUGGAUAUGAGCCGUAUAAUUCCAAGUUGAGUUCACAGGAUUUAUAUAUGGAAGAGGCAAACAGUAGCGGGAUGCAUGGGUCUCAUUACCCGGAUAAGAUAUCUCAGUUAAAACAGAAGUCAACUGUUCUCAACCAUGUCAAACCUUUCCCUAAGCAGAACUCUUCCUUGGAUCUCUAUGAAGAUUCUGCUGGAGAAACCUCUGUUUAUAAUAGCAAGAGGAAUCAAAGAAUGAGCUCUAAGCAUGGUGUUGAAGGGAUGAGGAUUGAUUCUGUCACUAACCAUCGUGGUCACUAUGAUGGGAAAAUUGAAAGCGAGAUGCAUGAUUAUGCUAAUGUCAGCCCCAAUGUCAUCCAAAGGAGUGAAUACUUCAAAUUUAAGCCUCCAAAUUUGAUACAUAACCGCUUUGAGUCACUUGACACAGAAGAGAGAGGGUUAUCUACAAGGAUGAAAAAGGAGGAGAAAUUUAAUCGAAAAUGGAAGGGUAUAAAAGAACGUGGCAACCAAGUUAAAUUAAAGAUGCAUUCAACAAAUGAAAUUAAAGUUCCAAAACGAGUCAGACAUGAUCUUCUGCAGCAAGACUAUGUGACAAAAGCACCAUUCACUGAAAUGCAAACAAGGAAAUUUCCAAGCAAAGGAUCUGUCAUGGAGAUGCCUUCCAGCUUCAGUGAGGAUGAAACUGCAGAAAACAGCUCUUCCCAGGAAUUAGGUGCCAGUAGUUGAUUGAUGGUAGAAAGCUUUAGGGUCCUCAAAGCUAUGGCCAUGUACAGUUCAAUGGAGAAUCACUUUUUUGGUAGUAACAAGGGAGCAUCGUUUAGCUUUAUAAUCAUCAGCAGCAAACUUUUCAGUCAAUAGUGGCUACCAAUUGUUUUAGCAGUUACCGGGUCACCUGUUUAUAAGUGUAGAAAGAACUCCGUUUUAUUUUUUUAUUAAUUUGACUGCUUCACAGAGAAAAUGUUGCAGAUAAAAGUUUGUUUGUAAGAUUCUUCUGCUUGGAUCCACCAACUGUUCAAGGACCAUCGAAAUCAAAGCUCACAAAGACAUCACUGCC